AUGGCAUGUCCUAAACUAUAUGAUGCAUUCAUCAGCCACCGAGGUCCUGACAUCAAGGACACCUUUGCUAAACAACUGUAUGAGCUUCUUCAGGAAAGAGGAUGCAGGGCAUUUCUAGAUCGUGAAGAGAUUGAAGGAGGGGAUUCUAUUCCUUUUUCCAUUCACAAUGGCAUAUGCUCAUCUCUUGUGCAAAUAGCCAUUUUUUCAAAAAGAUAUGCAGAGUCUUCGUGGUGUUUAGAUGAGCUGGUUCUUAUGUUACAACAACGAAAUGACUCCCUCUUUAUUCCUGUGUUCUACGAUGUGGAACCUAAGGAGCUUCGUUCCACGGACAGAGGAGCGUAUGCUGCGGCAUUUUCUUACUAUCGAAGUAAGAAAAAGUACCCCAACAAGGUGAAUGUUUGGAAAGAGGCCCUCGCAUCUGCUGCAGACACAUCUGGUUAUGAACCUACGGACAAGGUCAUGAUUGUACGGAUCUUUGGACUUGGAGGGUCUGGCAAGACUACCCUGGCAAAAGAAUUGUUCAAGAGGAAGCGUUCAAGCUACCAUGCAUCAUGUUUUCUCUCUGAUGUGAGAGAAUCACAUGCCAAAGGUGAAUUGCGCUACUUGCAAAGUAAACUAUUGAUAGAUCUUUUUCCUAAAAAUCUAGAGAUUGAAGAUCGACAAAUUAGAGGUGAAUUGCACUGCUCGCAGAGUAAGUUCUUCGAAAAACACUUUCAUGAAGAUCGAGAGUUUGGCGAUAUUGCUGAAGGAAUAGGACAACUGGAGAAUCAUCGCAGAAGGGCAAGACAUUUUGUAAUGUCCCUACUAGUUAGAGAUCAUUGUCCUGCAAAGAAGGAUAUCACACAUUUGCAUUUUCUUAUUGUUAUUGAUGAUAUUGAUCAUCGGGCCCAAUUAGAUGCCCUCCUACCUGAAGCUAUGCUAAGCCCUGGUAGCUUGGUACUUAUUACAACCCGUGACCAGAGUGUGUUAACGUGUGCAGAUAUCCGUUAUAGGAUGAAGGGAAUGGUUAAGGGUCAUGCUAAAGAUCUCUUCUGUAGCUAUGCUUUCCGCGGAUGGAAUCCACCCAUUGCGUAUAAAAAAUUGGUUGAGAGCUUCGUGGAAUUAUGUGGAGGUUUACCCCUAGCACUCAAAGUUUUGGGCGCCCAUGUUUGUGGUAGGGAUGAGUAUUAUUGGGAGUUAGAAUUGGAAAAAGUCAAGAAAAUCCAGCCUAAGGAUAUAAUGCAAAGACUUAGAAUUAGUUUUGAUGGUCUGGACAGAGAGGAGAAACAGAUAUUUAUAGAUAUUGCAUGUUUUUUCAACAAGGAAGAAAUACCUGAUUUCAAAAGUAAAACUCUAACAGUCUGGAACGCGUCCGGUUGGAGCGCUGAGUCUGCAAGAUAA